GGAGAUCUCCUUACCACUGAGUAAGAUUCAAAACUUAAACGCAUUUAAUUCGUAUUAAGUUUGCACAAAUUUCUUCGCAACCGCCAAAUUCACGAACAGUAAGUGAUAUUGAGUGAAAUUCCAAAUUGUUUGCGGUUUCGAUCCAAAUUUUCGCGCGCUCGCUGCAACACCUUCCCUCGUCUAGCAUGUGUUGUACAGUACUCCCUGGACUGCGCGACCUGCUGGACUAUGACAUCCAGCCGCCGCGAUUGAUCGAAGCCCGGUUCGGCCUGGAAGACCGGUCCUGGAUCGCGAGGUGCCUCAGUUCUACAGCCACUGCGGAAGCCAGUGCGUCACUGCAGCGAGCCGGCGAGGAAGGAUCGAACCGAACGGUGAAGAGACAGUCACUGCGAGAGCGUGGUUCUGGUGGGUAAGAAUAAUGGAGUGGUCCGGGUGGUGAUGACCCUUCAGCUGACUGUCACCGGAAGCGACAAACGAGUUCAGAGGCAGACUGACUGCGGUGCAUCACCGCCUGAAAGCAGCGGUCCGAUAUGGGCACCAUCUUCGUCUUCCUAAUCGUGUUUGUGCCGGCGAUGGUCGUGGCAAUGACUGAUCAGCCUGAAAACAAAACUCUGUGCCCGCCGUUCCAAGCUCGAACUGUGUACGUGACGUGCCACCUGGACGGCGCUCCCGUCAACUGCACGGGGCAGCCGUCCGUUCCCGGCACCGUGGCUCACUUCAGCUGCAAGCAACUGCAUGAGUUCCUCUUCGGCUACCUGCCCGCCAGUGGCUACCUGUCCCGCUGUGGCGACGACGGGAGCUGGACUGUGCGCCCCUUCAUUUGCGUGCCCAGUGAGAACUUAUUGAACUUUUCAAGUACAACAAUAGUUGUACAAAGAACAAUUGAACUGGCAUGA